AUGCAGUCCGCAUUGCACUCAGUCCUCGGGCCCAAAGAACCGGAAGUCCAAGACCUUUCCGGCCGAGUUGCUGUGGUUACUGGCGGUGCAAUGGGCAUCGGCUUCGAAAUAUCCCAAAUCCUCGCUUUGCAUGGAGCCCACGUUAUUAUGGUUAAUCGCAAAGAAGAGCAAGGACAAGAAGCGAUUAAGAAGAUCAAAGAAGAAGUCGGAGAGAAAGCCAAAAUUGAAUGGACCUCGUGCGACAUGGGGAACCUGGCGCAAGUGAGGGAUGUCUGCACCGGUAUUCACAAGCGUAUGGAACGGCUGGACUUGCUCAUCUUGUCUGCCGGUAUCAAUGUCAACCAAUACGGCGAGACUUCAGAUGGAAUAGACCGCCACUUCCAAGUCAACUGGCUUGGUCAGUUUUACGUUGUUAACCUCCUUUGGCCUCUCCUCCGCCGGACCUCCAAGCUACCCAACACACCGGCCCCACGAGUUGUUUUUGAAGCAUCCAAACAGCACAUGAUGGCGCCGAAUGUCGUCCAAUUUGGUUCCUUGGACGAGAUCAACAACCCAGAAAUCGGUAACCUGGAAGUCUACGGUCGCACAAAGUUGGCCAUCAUUCUCGGCGUCAAGUACGGCUUGGUUGAACGGGUUAUAAAGCCUAACAACGACAACAUCUAUGCCCUCUCAGUCCAUCCUGGUGCUGUCAAUACGGCCAUGCAGCAGCAAUGGAAAGACGCGUAUCCAGGGUUGCUGGGAAAAUUGCUCACAAGCGCAAUGCUUUUCGCUGGCAGAGACAUCGAACAAGGUUCCUAUAGUGCAUUGUACGCUGCAACAAGUCCCGAGGUUAUAGAAAAAGGAUGGAACGGCUAUUACCUUGAUGAUCCGGCUCAGCCGGGAGCAGUAUCAUCGCAAGCUCAGGACCCAGCUCUCGGCGCCGCGCUCUGGGACCUUAGCCACCGAAUCAUCACCGACAAACUUGGGAAAGACGCCAUUACUCCAUGGGAUUCUGAGAGCAAAGCUUCGAAAGCUGAGUAA